AUGGGGCUGGAUCUUUUGACACAGCUUGGGCUCACCAUCCACCAAGCGACGGGCAAGGUGUUUGCUGUAGAACACGGGCCUGUUACAACUCAGCUCUGUGUUCUGCCAGCCAUUAAGGGUUAUCAGCACAAGAUCGUAUUCAAGGCCGACGCUAUCCCAGUUCGUCACAAGCUGCGGAGGCCCCCUGUCUCAGUUAGAGAAGUGUCGACAGAACUACAAAACUUGGUUGAACAGGGAGUUAUCGAACACAUCGAUGCAUCGGAGUGGGUGAGCCCAGUGGUGAUCUCGCACAAGAAGUGUGGUAAGAUUCAGUUGUGUGUUGACCUCCGGGGACCUAACAGCCAGCUGGUGUUGGAGGUGCAUCCUCUCCCUAUGACAGCAGAGCUACACACCAAGCUGCAUGGAGUUGUUUUCAGCCAGAUAGACUUAAAGUCUGCCUACCAUAAGCUUGUAUUCGAGAAGGCUUCCCAUCCCAUAACAGCUUUUAUCACUCACAAAGGUCUUUUUCAGUUCAAGAAGGUUCCAUUCGGGUUGGCAUCGGCGGCAGCGGCAUUCCAGAAGCUGGUUGACAGGCUGCUAGCAGGCAUCCCCGGCUGCCAACACUACUUGGACGACAUUGUGUGUACUGGAUGGACACAAAAGGAGCACGACGAAUGCUUGAGGUUGGUAAUGAAGAGAUUGUCAGACGCACAGGUAACUGUCAACGUAGAAAAAUCUGUAUUUUCUAAGAGAGAGAGAUUGAUUUCUGUGGGUACCGAGCAUCGGGAGAGGGAAUUUCUCCACUCCAUUCUCACAAGCGGGCUGUCAUGGAUGCAUCGCCUCCUACCAACAUUAAGGAAUUGA